CAUAAACUUUUGGAUAACUGUAUUGUUUACUAUGAGAAAAUAUUAACAUUAAUAUCCACUAUUUUCAUUUCAAAAUUUAAAAUCUUCCGCCAUGAAUUGAACUUACGAGUGUCAACAUACUACCCGAUAACAAAGAGCAAAAAUGGCCGGAAAUGUUGGUAUGGAGCAACUUAUUCCUAUUGUGAAUAGGCUGCAAGAUGCCUUCGCGUCCCUGGGCCUUCCACUUUCCUUGGAUCUACCCCAAAUCGCCGUAGUCGGCAGUCAGAGUGCAGGGAAGAGUUCAGUGUUAGAAAAUUUCGUGGGCAGAGAUUUUCUGCCGAGAGGUUCUGGUAUUGUGACAAGACGACCCUUGGUGUUACAGCUCAUCAACAGUGACACAGAAUAUGCAGAAUUUCUUCACAAGAAAGGGUGUAUUAUGACGGACUUUCUUGAUGUUCGUAAAGAAAUUGAGAGUGAAACAGACAGAGUAACAGGACACAAUAAAGGAAUCUCCAAUAUCCCAAUCAACCUCAGGGUCUACUCUCCUCAUGUGCUGAACUUGACCCUGAUUGAUCUGCCGGGUAUGACCCGUGUUGCUAUUGGUGAUCAGCCUCAAGACAUCGAGAUGCAGAUAAGGGCUAUGCUUAUGGAGUUCAUCACUAAGGAGAGCUGUCUGAUUCUGGCAGUGUCUCCUGCCAACACAGAUUUAGCCAACUCUGAUGCUCUAAAAAUAGCAAAGGAAGUAGACCCCCAAGGAAUCCGGACCAUUGGCGUGAUAACCAAACUGGAUCUUAUGGACAAAGGAACAGAUGCUAGAGAAAUUUUGGAGAAUAAGACUUUACCUUUACGGCGAGGCUAUGUUGGGGUUGUAAACAGAAGUCAACAAGACAUUGAUGGAAGAAAAGACAUUCGACAGGCCCUGGCCGGAGAACGCAAAUUUUUCCUCAGUCACCCCUCAUAUAGACACAUGGCUGACAGAAUGGGUACACCAUAUUUACAAAGAGUCCUGAAUCAGCAGCUGACCAAUCACAUUCGAGACGUUUUACCGACCCUGAGGAAUAAGCUUCAGUCUCAGCUUCUCACAAUGGAGAAAGAUGUUCAGGAAUUCAAAAACUACAAACCUGAUGAUCCCUCCCGAAAAACAAAGGCAUUGAUGCAAAUGAUUCAACAGUUUAAUGUUGAUUUUGAAAAGAGUAUAGAAGGUUCCGGAACCGAGAUAAACACUCAGGAGCUCUCAGGGGGAGCGAAGAUUAACAGGAUAUUUCACGAACGUUUUCCGUUUGAAUUGGUUAAGAUUGAAUUUGAUGAACGUGAACUCAGAAAAGAAAUCAGUAUUGCCAUUAGGAAUAUCCGUGCGAUCCGAACUGGUCUGUUUACCCCAGAUAUGGCAUUUGAAGCUAUUGUUAAGGAGUAUGUGAAAAAACUGAAACAGCCUUCCCUGAAGGCAGUGGACAUGGUAGUCAACGAGUUAACCAAUGUUGUACAUAAGUGCACCGAUAAGAUGAGCAGGUAUCCACGACUACGAGACGAGACCGAGAGUAUAGUAAAUAAUCGUAUCCGGGAAAGAGAAAUGGUUUCCAAGGAACAGCUAAUGUUGCAUGUGGAAUUUGAGUUGGCCUACAUUAACACUAACCAUGAAGACUUCAUUGGAUUUGCCAAUGCCCAUAACAAAGCCGAAAAUAAAGAGAGAAAAAAAGUCGGCAAUCAGGUGAUAAGAAAGGGAUAUUUAACUCUCCACAAUAUCAGCUUCAUGAAAGGCGGGUCGAAGGAUUUCUGGUUUGUCCUGACGGCAGAGAACAUUUCCUGGUACAAGGAUGAAGAGGAAAAAGAGAAGAAAUUUAUGUUACCCCUCGACGGUCUCAAAGUGAAAGACGUGGAGAGCAGUCUGUUUACUAAGCAUUGUUUUGCAUUGUUUAAUCCCGACUCCGGAAGAAACGUGUACAAGGAUUACAAACAGCUGGAGCUGUCGGCUGAAAAUCAGGAGGAAGUGGACAGCUGGAAGGCGUCGUUGCUGAGGGCGGGAGUGUAUCCUGACCGAUCACAAAACGGAGAGGAAAAAAGAGGGAAGGAAGAUGUGGGGUCUAUGGAUCCGCAGCUGGAACGACAAGUGGAGACCAUUAGAAAUCUGGUGGAAUCCUACAUGAAAAUUGUCAACAAAACUCAGAGGGACCACGUCCCAAAAUGCAUCAUGCACAUCAUUGUCAAUGAUGUAAAAGACUUCAUUGGAGCAGAUCUUCUGGCUCAUUUAUAUUCAAGUACUGAUCAGAAUUCCAUGAUGGAGGAGUCCCCAGAUGAAGUACAGAGACGAGAGGAAUUAAUCCGCAUGUACCAUGUGACAAAGGAGGCCCUGAGCAUCAUAGGGGACAUCACCAUGAACACCUCUUCCACCCCUGUACCGCCACCCGUGGAUGAUGAAUGGCUGAAAGUUGACCAAUCAAUGCAAAAUGGUAGACCCAAUUCACGACCAUCCUCUCCCAAGCCAGGAAGAGCCCCACCCCCACCUCUUCCUAAUCGUCCGGGAGGUGCACCCCCUCCUCAGAACAUGCCCGCGAGGCCAGCACCAAACAUUCCAUCCAGACCAGCUCCAAAUGCUCCACAAGGAUUCAGUGCAUCUAAUGCCGCAGCAGUGGCCAACAUGAUGGGGGCUAAUGUACCUCCCAUUCCAGCGAAAUAUGAUGUGCAUAUAGACAGGAAAACGGCACAAAAAGGCUGGAAUGUUGGCCAAGCAGUCGGAAGUGCAUAUAUGCGCAAUCGCCCCGGGCCACAGGGAAAUAUUCCCAGAAUUCCAGAGCGGCCAUCCAUCCCGUCACGACCAAACAUGAACUGAGAGGAGGAUCAAAUCACAAUAAAGGGGUGAAGAGGAUAAAACAGACAAAAAAUAGAAGUUAUGCAAGGAAACGACGAAAUUUAUGUUUGAUAUUGGUUUAUGAUAAAAAUACAGACCAAUCAAAUGCUGUUGGUGAACUGGGGCAUCAAGAUGGUGUCCCGUGGCAAUUAUUUUCAAUUUCUGACUGGACUUUUCAUACAUCUAAUCAUGUACAGUGAAGAUAUGGCAAACAUUCUCAUCAAAGUAACAGAAAACAGAAAUGUUAGCCAAAAUUUCCAGUGACACUUGUCUCAAUGAUAUUUUCAUGUCUGUCAAUUCUACUUGGAUUUAAAAACCCUGUACUGCUCUGCUGAUAGGACACAUAGAACAGAUGCAACGUAUUACAUGUAGAAAAUGUCCGUGUCUGUGGUUUUAGAAUGUUACUUGCGUCUAGUGCCGUCUGCUCGUGUUAUAUAUUAAGUUGAAUAAGCAAUACAUUUACAUGCACAAAAUAGAUCCGGAUAUUUUCUGUGAUUUUUUAGUAUUCACAAUAUUGUUGAAUAUUUUCAGGAGUUGAAUCAUAAUCAUGAAUAUUGUGGGAAGAAAAAUUCUUACAUGAAAAAUGUUUUAAAUAUGGGAUUGUCUCACUAGGAGAUAACUAUGAAGUGUGAUGCAUCUUUUUAUUUUAAUACGGGGUAUAAUAUUUUGCAGUUUUCCCCAAAAUAAAAAUUUACAAGACAUGUAUGGAACAGGCAGAAUUUUCAUAGAAAUUCUUCAGUAGGUAGUGUACGAUUAAAUAUAAUGUUUAUAGACUGUUGUACAGAAUCAAAGUUUGUACAUACUCUGUAAUAUUAUCGUAUGAUACUAUGUAUCCAUACAUGUGUAGAUAAAUGUACUUUUUUCCACGGGUUCAUAAGUUCGCGGAAUCACUCUUUCUGUUUAUUCCGCGGGUAGAAAAUUGGGCAGAUUUCUUAGAUUGCCACUUAGUGUCUUUCAUUUACUUUAAGUAUGCUGGGAUGAAUUUCCACGGAAAAUUUGUGACCGCGUACAUAGCGUAAAUUAAUACCGUGCGGAAAAAAGUACUUCUACAGUACAUGUGUAGGUACAUGUACUGUGUGGAUAUCAUGGUUAUUGUUCAUGUUUAACUAUGUGAUGAUUUGUGCAAUCCUGUUUUACUUUGAAUUCUGAAUCUUUUUUACAAUGUGUCUAAUAUUGGCUUAAACUAAAAAAAAAAUGUAUGUUGACAAAGAUGUAGAAAGUAUCAUAUUUUGUAGACAUUUAGCAAAUACAUUGAAUAUGCAAGCGAAUGGAGUCUCUGUCAGACAUCAGCAUAGAUAGACUAUGUUUUCAGCUCUUAGGAGUGUUUCACUCUCACAAUGUUAAAAGCUUCUUUAGGUUUUCAUGUAUUCUUACUUUUCCCAGCACAAAGUAAGUGUUUUGAGCAAAGUUAGAAAAUAUCAUCUCUAAUAAAAGUGUAAAUGGCAUAUUAUAUGGAGCUAUCAACCAUUACUAAUGUUUAUAAUGCUAGAGUUCAUGCACUGUAUACUUUAUAUAUCAGUACAAAAAUUAUACUACACAGUCCGUGCUACAGUACAGAUAAGUCAUUAGCAGGAAUAGCAAAUGUUUGAUGUUCUCGUGUGUUAGACAGAGCAUGUAUCCCAUAUUCAAAAUGUGUUGUUGAUAGAUUAAUAGCAUCAUGUUCAUAUUUGAUGGCGGUGGAUAUUGUUUGUUGAUAUUUUGAGAUUGGUCAGGAGUCUGGUAAAAUUUGUAGUAAAUUUGUUAGUAAAAAUUUAACCGACAAUAAUGGACAGAACAUUUCAUAGCAUGCAUUUUUACAAAAGAUGAUAAAGUCUUACGAUCUUGAAAACCAGUUCUGUUUAUAAAUACAAAAUGUAACCAAUAUCUAGAUUUGUUGAUUAAGACUUGUCAUGUCAUAUGAGUUCAUGUAAUAUAAAACAUACUAAAUUAAAGUGAUAACUAAAGAAA